ACUUGUGACCGACUUAUCCUAGUCUUGCUAAUGAAACCAAGUCGCGCUACCAGUUAAUUUCCCUGCUGCGACACUCGAUCACGUGACUGUCUUAUCUAUGAGUGUGGGUGACAAAAUUGCAGUUUUGCAGAGAUCUUGGGCACUCUAGAGGCUACGAAAAUGGGACUACUACGGGAUGAACUUCUCAAGUCAAUAUGGCACGCAUUCACAGCUUUGGACGUGGAUCAGUCUGGGAAAGUGUCCAAAUCCCAGCUAAAGGUGCUGUCUCACAACCUGUGCACUGUGAUGAAGGUUCCCCAUGACCCCGUGGCAUUGGAGGAGCACUUUAAGGAUGACGACGAGGGCCCGGUGUCCAACCAGGGCUACAUGCCCUACCUCAACAGGUUCAUAUUGGACAAGGUUAGGGAUAACUUUGAUGUACUAGAGUUCAACAAUGUGUGCUGGACAUUGUGUUUCAAGAAAAACAUCAACAUGAGCCAUCUUCUUGUCUCCAACGAUGAUGCUUUCAAGAUCUGGUGCAUCUUUAACUUCCUGUCUGAAGACAGAUACCCACUGGUCAUUGUCAGAGAGGAGAUUGAGUACUUCCUGCGGAAGCUAACGGAGGCGAUGGGAGGUAUUUGGAACCAGGACAAGUUUGAUGAUUACAAGGUCAUGUUGAACAGGAAGCAGCAAAGCCUGAGUGCUUGGGAGCUGAUAGAGCUUGUGGGCAUGGGUCACUUCAGUAAGGGUAUGAACCGCCAGACCCUGUCCAUGGGCAUCUCAGAGGUCUUCCAGGAACUCAUACUAGAUGUGCUCAAACAGGGCUACAUAAUGAAAAAAGGCCACAAAAGAAAAAAUUGGACGGAGCGCUGGUUUGUGCUUCGACCAAACUCUAUAUCGUACUAUGUCAGUGAGGACCUAACUGACAAGAAGGGGGACAUUUUGCUGGACCACAACUGCUGUGUGGAGUCUCUACCCGACAAGGAGGGGAAGAAAUGCCUCUUCCUGGUCAAGUGCACCGGCAAAAGUUUUGAGAUCAGUGCAUCAGACAAGAAGAGGAAACAAGAAUGGAUCCAGGCCAUCCAGAGUUGCAUCCAGCUGCUGAGGUUGGGCCUGCAGUCUCCACACCGCGAGGCCAGGAUGCGGCGCCGGGAGCUCCGGGAGAGACAGCAGGCGGAGCAGGAUGAGCUGGUGGAGAGGAUGAGGCUGCUGCAAACAGCCAAUGAGAACAAGCAGAUAAUGCUGGAGUCAAUGAGGAAGAAACUGGAGGAGGCAGCAGCAAAGGCGGUUCUGGAGGAACACCGGAGAAAGCAGACCCAGUCUGACCUACAGGACCGCUACAGAAUGGACCUGGAGAGAGAGAAAAUGGUGCGUCAGCAGAUGGAGAAGCAGGUGGCCCAGAAGUCCAGUGAGGUGGAGCAGUACUUGCAGCGUGUCCAGGAGCUGGAAGACAUGUACCGCCGUUUGGAGGACGCCCUGGAGGACGAGAGACAGGCCAGGCAGGACGAGGAGACCAUGCGCAAACUCCAGGCCAGGCUCCUGGAGGAGGAGUCAGCCAAGCGGGCUGAGCUAGAGCAGAUCCACCUGCAGCAGCAGAGGGCCAUCUCCCAGACCCAGGCUGAGAAACAACAGCUGGAGAGUGAGCGGCUGGCCAAGGAGACGGCCCUGCAGGCAGCAAUGCUGCAGCUGGAGAAUCUGGAGAAAGAGAGGCAUGGGGCGCUAGAGCAGUAUGAGAUGGUGACAAAGAAACUAGAGCAGGCAGCUAAUAAGACCAAGACCUGGAAAGACAAGGUGGCCAAGCAUGAGGGAUUGGUCCGUCUCAUUCAGCCAGGCGCUAAAGGACCUCAGAGGAUGACCAACUGGGGCCCAGCAGCCUUCACAGACACUGAGUUAGACCUGAGAAAGAAGUCCUGGCAGGAGCAGAAGAAUCACAACCAGCCAACCCAGUAGACUAUAGAUGGUGCUUUUUACCUGAUAGUCAUUACUGUGACCUUGUAGCGACAUCAGUAUUCUGUUGUCUAAUUGUUAUUAAUUAAUUGUGUGUUGUUGCGCGGAUCAUGAAAUGUUCCCAAAAUGACCAGAUUUUGUAGAAAUACCUGUUGAAGGAUUCUGGAUUUCCUGCCUAUUCCAUCAUCAUUCUGGAUAUCUUCUAACCUUGAAAACCUUGGACUUGAGGGAGAUUUAUGACCUUUUUGCAGCUCUUUGACAUUCCAAUAGUUUGACCAUUCCCGGUCUGAUAACAGAGGUUUCUAACCAGGCAAUGGAAAUGUAGGUAUUGAGUGGAUAAUAUGUAAAAAAAAAAAAAAAAAGGAGAAACUAAUAAGAUUUAAGUAAUUUUAUUUUGAAAAUGCAAAUGCCUAACUAGCAUAUUGUGUAAUGUAUAUUUAAGGACAUUUGUUGAUACAGCUGUCUGUUUUAAAGGGUGAGGCCUGUGAGAAUAUUAUGUGUUAGAAUGUACUCCUUCCAUAAACUAGAUAUGACAUGUAUUAUACAUAUGGCUCUGGGUUGGGUAUGCUCAGCCUUGGUAUGUGUUUCAUACAUUAUAUUUGAUAGCAGUUUUCCCCCUUUAGUCUAACCAUUUAAAAUGUAAUUUCCUGGUUUGCCUCUAAGAACUGUGGAACCUUGAGUAAUAUUCCCAUGAAAUACUUGGCUGAUGCCCUCUUGUGGUUUUAUGAGUUCUGUUGGCUCUGGUAUAACUCACAGUAACAUUAUACUCUAGUGGGCUGCUGGAGUCCAAAGCUUGUGUUAUCGUAGUCAGGUGAGGUUAAAUUGAACCAAACAUAGUCGGGUGUGAGCUGAGCUCUGUGUUUGUGUGUGUAAUAAUUAGUGUUAGUGCAGUGAAAAGUCAUGAGAUGUUACUCUGCAGGGAUAGAGCUACGCUGGGCUCUAGUGUUUCUUUGCAGGCUGAUAACUGCUCAGGGAGACCUGGUCCAUAGUAAGAAAGGGGAGUAACAGGCUGUGAGCUGGGUUCCAUCCACUCUUGCGAAACCACGAGGGCCUUUGGCUGGGAUCCAUUCUUUGUCUCCUGGGGCCUCAGUUCCUGCUCCCAUCUCCCCCCUACACCACAUCUCUCUCAGCCAGGAGCUCCAGCAGCUGCAGAUUGAUGUAAUAGAUGAUCUACAGAGCCUCAAUGGGAUGGCCUGGACAUCUGUUGUUCUUAAUCUGUCCUAGCAGGUUGAGGUUCUUCCUUUCUGAGCCAGUCUGCCUGAACAAACCUAACCAGGUGAGACUGAUACAGUACCCCCCCAUUCAUAAACAUGUGUUUUUCAUUAUAAUACUGUUCUUGUUUGUGUCAUGUCAAAUUAAAAAUAAUCAGACUUUCAACUUUCUUA